UGUGAUUAGCCUUUGUUCCAGGUGCAUUAGACUGGUAUGGGGUUAACGCCUGUCUAUUCUUGGGGUCUGCCUGUUCGACAUCCUCUCCAAAACAUACUUUCGGCUUAGAAAACUAGCGACUCACUAGUUUAACAUGUGCGACGCAGGGACCAGACGGAACUGACCCAGAAUAAAUUAAUCGAUCCUCUCAGAGCUCUAAGAGUAUCAAACUAAGACAAUCCUUGCCUAAACGGACAAGGAAGAAGGGUCCGCUUCGGCACCCGCUCCCAUGGAACUUACUCCGCCAUGUGGAUUCUACUGAACAAAAACACGACAAAACAGCUUGAAGCAGAACAUUGAAUGCGUCAAUUGAUACUAACUCCGAUGGAAUCCAGAGAGGAUGACAGCGUUUCCUAAUUUCUCAAGGUUUCAAGGAGUCGUGGAUAGUCUCGGCUUGACAGAUGCAUCGGCCGAGCAAACUAUAAAGCAGCUCGCGAUGGCCUCGAGUCCAUGCCUUUCCGCUCGACAAAACGAUAACUUUCCUUAAAUCCUUUCAUUCAUUCGUUUCCUUCUUUUCGCUCUUUUCUCGCAAUGCGUUCCUUUUCGUCUAUCGCACUCCUGUCUGUGGUGGGAGCUGCGUCGGCCCAGGCUGGUCCUUGGGCCCAGUGUGGAGGCAAGUCCUUCUCCGGCUCAUCUGCGUGUCCUUCGGGAUGGACAUGCGAGGAGCUGAACGAGUGGUUUAGCCAGUGUGUACCUGGCGCCGCGUCCACGACCGCCGCCGUGUCGAGCAUUCCCACUCCGUCUGUCACUCCUUCGGUGUCCAUUACUGCAUCCGUCAGCACGGGCAUCAACAAGUCAAUUUCGACAGCGUCGAAGUCUACUCCCCUGCCGUCUUCGUCGUCCGCCUCGCCAACCCCUCGCCCGACGGGCAGCGGGUCCUUCGCCAAGGCGGAUGGAGCGCAGUUCUCGAUUGACGGCGAGACCAAGUACUUCGCCGGCACAAACGCCUACUGGCUCCCAUUCCAAAUGAACGAUGCGGACAUCGACGCUGUGUUCGAUCAUUUGGAGCAAACCGGAUUAAAGAUCCUUCGUGUCUGGGGCUUCAACGAUGUAAACACCGCUCCCAGCCCCGGAACGGUCUACUUCCAGCUCCACGACAAGGCCAAGGGCACUUCCACCAUCAACACCGGCAAAGACGGCCUCCAGCGUCUGGACUAUGUGGUUGCUGCCGCCGAGAAGCACGGCGUCAAACUCAUCAUUCCUUUCGUGAACAGCUGGGACGACUACGGUGGAUUUAACGCAUAUGUCACUGCCUACGGCGGCAGCAAGACGGAGUGGUUCACCAACGAGAAGAUCCAGAGCGUGUACCAGGCCUAUAUCAAGGCCGUUGUCUCUCGGUACAGGAACUCUCCGGCCAUCUUCGCUUGGGAGCUGGGCAAUGAGCCUCGCUGCAACGGAUGCAGCCCUGACGUGAUCCACGGUUGGGCCACCAAGACCAGUGCCUACAUCAAGUCUCUGGAUCCCAACCACAUGGUCGCCUUGGGUGAUGAGGGCAUGGGCUUGACCAUUGGCUCGGAUCAGUCGUACCCAUACUCCACCACCGAAGGAAACGACUUCGAGAAGAAUCUUGCUAUCCCGGACAUUGACUUCGGAACGCUCCACCUUUACACCACUGACUGGGGUAUCAAGGACAACGCCUGGGGUAAUGGAUGGGUUGAGAACCACGCGAAGGCCUGCAAGGCUGCCGGCAAGCCAUGUCUGUUCGAGGAAUAUGGCAUGAAGGGCAAUCAUUGCACCGACGAACUGAAGUGGCAAAAGACCUCGCUGAGCUCGGGCACCGCCGCCGAUCUGUUCUGGCAGUAUGGUCAGAAGCUGUCCACGGGCGAGUCUCCCAACGAUCAGUACACCAUCUACUACGGCACCGAUGACUGGAAGUGCGCCGUUAUGGACCACAUGGACGAUGUCAACAAGAACUAAGUAGGCGCGACGAUUCUAUGAGUGGUCGAUGGUGACUGUACGGUUAUGGAAUUAUUUGUUCCUGUCAUGUCGGUUUUGGAUCGUCUGCUCUGCUUCUUCUAUCAUUCUCUUCUGCCUUCCCUGAGGAUCGCUUUUGAUAUAUGUUUUGCUCUUUCGGGUGCAGCAACUCUGCUACCCAGUCUGAAUGUCAGAUUGGAGGUAUCCAUAGCCCAUAAGCAAUUUACUUUUUAGAAUUCAGAAAGCAAUCCUCGCGAAGGC